UGGGAGGUAACUUUAGUCCCUGAUCUCAUGGCAAAGAGGCGUUUUAGAUGGCCGCCUGCCUUCAGCUGAGAAUCACACAGUUUAUGUUUUUAUUCUGAAAUGAUAUGUCUUCCUCUCCCCUAUUCAUCCAUUCCUUUUUACAAAUAGGGGUGGUUCUAGGGUCUCUUAAAGGCAGACACGCACACACAACAUACCUAAGAUAGCACAUGCCAGUUAGCGAUUUUUUUAAAAUUUAUUUUUGACCUGAGGGCCUGAGUAUUGGAUCUUUUAAUACCUAGCGGCUUACCUGAAAUGGAGUGGGAGUUCUAUUGCCCUGCUGCUCUCUGAGUGGUCAUUUGGGGGCUCUCUCAGCUCUGGGGCCUUAAGCUUCAGCCACUGCUGUACCACUGGACUGAUAUGUCGGCCUCCUAGUAAUGGCAAGAACAUCCAAGGUACCCUGGGUCUCCUUUGCGCCUUUCUCACAUUUAAUAAGGAAUAAAAAAUCUGACAGUUUCUGAGUGUUAUUUGAAUGGUUACAUGCGAAGGCAUUUGGGGUUAUGAAGCAAAAAACAUUGGUGUUGUGCAGGUGACUAUUACAUGGUGAAGAAACUUUUGGAAGAAAAUGGCUCUGGUGAAAUGAACAUAAAUUGUGUGGAUGUGCUUGGGAGAAAUGCAGUUACCAUAACUAUUGAAAAUGAGAAUCUAGACAUACUGCAGCUCCUCCUGGAUUAUGGCUGUCAGUCUACAGAUGCACUAUUGGUGGCCAUUGACUCAGAAGUUGUGGGAGCUGUGGAUAUACUACUUAAUCAUCGACCAAAACGAUCAAGUAGACCAACAAUUGUUAAAUUAAUGGAACGUAUUCAGAAUCCAGAAUAUUCAACAACGAUGGAUGUGGCACCUGUCAUUUUAGCUGCUCACCGUAACAAUUAUGAAAUCCUUACUAUGCUGUUAAAACAGGAUGUGUCACUACCCAAACCUCAUGCUGUGGGUUGUGAAUGUACAUUGUGUACAGCCAAGAACAAAAAGGAUAGUUUGCGGCACUCCAGAUUUCGUCUUGAUAUAUAUCGAUGUUUGGCCAGUCCUGCCUUAAUAAUGUUGACAGAAGAGGACCCAAUUUUGAGAGCCUUUGAACUUAGUGCAGAUUUAAGAGAACUAAGCCUUGUAGAAGUUGAAUUCAGAAAUGAUUAUGAAGAACUAGCCCAGCAGUGUAAAACAUUUGCUAAAGAUCUGCUUGCACAGGCAAGGAAUUCCCGGGAACUUGAAGUUAUAUUGAACCAUACAGCAAGUGAUGAACGUGUGGAUAAGCGAGGAUUGUUAGAAGAGAGAAUGAAUUUGAGUCGGCUAAAGCUUGCUAUUAAGUAUAACCAAAAAGAGUUUGUUUCUCAGUCAAAUUGCCAGCAGUUUCUCAAUACUGUGUGGUUUGGACAAAUGGCAGGAUACCGCCGGAAGCACACAUUUAAGAAGAUUUUGACAGUCUUGACAGUAGGAAUCUUUUGGCCACUACUAUCUAUUUGUUACUUAUUGGCUCCAAAAUCUCGAAUAGGAAGAAUAAUUCAUACACCUUUUAUGAAGUUUAUUAUUCAUGGAGCUUCAUAUUUCACAUUUCUGCUAUUACUUAACUUGUACUCACUUGUCUACAAUGAAGAUAAAAAAAAUACCAUGGGACCAGCAUUGGAGAGAAUAGACUAUCUUCUAAUACUUUGGCUCAUUGGUAUGGUAUGGUCAGAUGUUAAAAGACUUUGGUAUGAUGGCUUAGAAGACUUCUUAGAAGAAUCUCGAAAUCAACUUAGUUUUGUCAUGAAUUCUCUCUACUUGGCAACUUUUGCUCUCAAAGUUGUUGCCCAUAAUAAGUUCCAUGAUUUUGCUGAGAGGAAAGAUUGGGAUGCCUUUCAUCCUACACUGGUGGCAGAGGGUCUGUUUGCUUUUGCUAAUGUUCUCAGUUAUCUUCGGCUUUUCUUCAUGUAUACCACAAGCUCUGUCCUGGGACCACUUCAGAUUUCAAUGGGACAGAUGUUGCAAGACUUUGGAAAAUUUCUUGGAAUGUUCCUUCUUGUGUUGUUCUCAUUCACAAUUGGGUUGACCCAACUAUACGAUAAAGGAUUCACUGUAAAUGAAGAGAAAGACUGUGCUGGAAUCUUCUGUGAGCAGCAAAGCAAUGACACAUUCCACUCGUUUAUUGGAACUUGUUUUGCUCUGUUCUGGUACAUAUUCUCUCUUGCACAUGUAGCCAUAUUUGUCACCAGAUUUAGUUAUGGUGAAGAACUGCAGUCAUUUGUGGGUGCAGUUAUUGUUGGCACCUAUAAUGUAGUUGUCGUGAUUGUGCUUACCAAGCUCUUAGUGGCAAUGCUUCAUAAAAGCUUUCAACUGAUAGCAAAUCAUGAAGAUAAAGAAUGGAAAUUUGCUCGUGCAAAACUCUGGCUUAGCUAUUUUGAUGACAAAUGCACACUACCUCCACCUUUUAAUAUCAUUCCCUCUCCCAAGACUAUCUGCUAUCUAUUUAACAGUCUCAGUAAGUGGAUUUGUUCUCAUACAUCAACUGGUAAAGUCAAACGACAGAAUAGCUUAAAGGAGUGGAGAAAUCUGAAGCAGAAGAGGGAUGAGAAUUACCAAAAGGUGAUGUGUUGCUUAGUUCAUCGUUACUUGACUUCCAUGAGACAGAGAAUGCAAAGUACUGAUCAAGCUACUGUAGAAAACCUUAAUGAACUACGGCAAGACUUAUCAAAAUUCCGAAAUGAAAUGAGAGACUUGCUUGGAUUCCGGACUUCAAAAUAUGCUAUAUUUUAUCAAAGAAACUAGGUUUUGAAAUAAAAUGCUUUAACCCUUCAUUUGAAUAUUUUUGUUAUUAACCCAAAUAAAAUUUCUUACUUGUAAAUUUUAAAAAUAUGAUUGCAUGAGCUGCAGGCAAAUUCAGUUGUGAAAUAAUGAUUAUUGUUUUCAUAUAUUUUUGAAGCUUUUGUGAUAUUAUACAGGAUGUACAUAGUCUGCCAAGAGCAAAUAUUCUGCCAUAUGUGGUGUCAGACAAGUCUAAUUAACAAUUAGACAUCUGAAUGCAGUAGCAAAUGAUUUGUUACUACCUUCUUGCAUUGUUGAUGAUUCAAUAUCUUUCCCCCUUUUCCAAAACAUAGGUAGGGUGGCCACACAAACAGGUCUUUAAAAGCUUAAAGAGUUCCCUCUUCUUUCUAGUAGAAGUAUAAGCACCAAAAAUAUAUUGGAAUACUUGAAAGGGUCACAUCUGAGGGAAAGCCGUCAAUAAUGUUCUUAUAAUACAGUUUUUAAAGGACUAUAUUGGAUUAUACCAGCACAAAAUUUGAGAAGCCAUAUUGCUGUAACAAUAGUAUCUGACAUUGUUUGUACUCAGUCCCACAUAAUAAUAUCAGCAUUUGGAACUGACUUGUGAACACAUUUGUAUAUAAAAAUGAUUAGCUAAAAACAGUAAUAAAAAUCUGAUACCAGCUGAGCCCAUAUCCUUUGGACCCAUUUAAAUCCAUUUGUUUUCAAGUGAAUACUAGACAUUUUAACAUUAUUCCUAUUAUAUCAUUAUUUUAAUUUGCUAAAAAUAAACCCCACACAUAUUUCAGUGGAAUUUAGUGUUUCCUAGAUUAUAACAUUAACUAUUAUGAAGAGUUACUCUUUGUUAUAAGAAUGUUAAUGAAAUAUAAGAAAUAAUGGUUUGCCAUCAUGUUGAAUUUUUCUUGAAAUGGGAAUCGUUUAUUAGUAUGUAUACAAAAGAGCAGAUUGAUCACAGCCACAAGGUAUUUGCGAUUAUUAAGUUUAAAUCAGUUGGUCAAGUUUGAUGCAAUGACUUAGCCCCCUUGAUCACUAUUUUCAUUGACACCUAUCAGACUGUAGUUGUACUGAAGACUUUGGAUUCAGGGAUGAUAAUUUAUGAAAACAACAGUUUUCCUCUUAUACUUCCUAUUUUGAAUUCUUCGCAUUGAUAUCUUAAUGCACAUACAUAUGUCAAGUGUAGUAUUUAUUUAUAUAAUAAAUGUUGUAAUUAUCUGCAAUUUACUUCUAUUUGAAGAAUGGAAAGGGGAGAUAUACAGAAUUCUUAUUCUAAAUUCAUCUGUAUGCUUCUGUAUUCUUCUGACUGAAAAAUCUCGAGUGUAUUAUGUGUGAGCCUUUAUUUUUAACUGUGACAUCAUGGGUACAACCUGUACCCAAUUCAGAUAUAAUGCUGCCUGAUAAUACAAUGUCUGAUGCAGACAUCAUCUUUUGUGAUCCCUUAAAAGGUUGGGGUUGACCUUCAUCCUAUGCCAUGGUUAAGACUGAAAAGGGGAAGGGUGAAUUUACAUGAUUUUUCGAUCCCUUAAACAUGGUUAAGAGAUCAAGAAAUGCUAUGGCUGUACAAUACACUGUUGUGAUACUGGGGUUUGCUACACAAGGUAUUUAUUGAGUGCUCAUGAUUCCUCCCUCAUGGAAGUCUGUAGGGCCUUUUCAUGACACUGUUAUCCUCUGCAGCCUUUGUCAAGUUUUGCAGCUUUUUAGAGCAAGGACAGUGUGGUAUUUUCAUAAAUGCUGUAGUAUUUGCUACAGAAACAUAGUGUAAUUUGGAAAUUUCUACAUGUAUCACUGUACUACACAGAAAGGGGAAGAGGAAAACCCUCUGGGGGAAACCUUGUGUGAAAAUGCUCUAAUCUUCCCACAGAGAGAAUGAAGCUGACUUUGUAAAGCAGAGGUUGCAUGCCUUAUGUAGACUUGUUUUGUGUCAUAAGGUAUAUCUUGUAAGCUAAAAACAGCAGAAGAAAAGUAGUUCUUUGGGGUUGGAGUGGGGAAGGCUAAAAUAAAACAUAAGGACUAAUGUAAUAAUUCAUUCAGACACCUAUUACUUUGGUUACAUAUGUAUCACCUGGAGCUGUGUAGUCUGCAGAUUUUCAUUGUAAUGCAAAAACAAAAAUUAGUAUGUUUGUGGUACUAAUUUUAUCUUAUUUUUCUGCCUCAUUUUGUUCCAUGCAGUCAGAAUAUCCAAUGAGCUUCCGUUUUUAAAAUUCGUGUAAGAAUAAAUGUCAAGUUUUGAAAUUUC